AUGUCGAGCUGGCAGCCACAGCCUGAGGGAUUAGAGCAAUUGCUCAGUCUGCUGAGAGACUCGCUCAGUCCAAAUACGCAAGUGCAGCAAGCCGUUACGCAGCGACUGGAAACAUUCAACGCUAUCCCAGACUACAACAGCUACCUCGCUCACGUACUCAUCAAACAGCCCCAACAAGAAGAACGCGUUAGAUCAGUUGCUGGUCUCAUUCUCAAGAACAACAUCAAAUUUGGGUGGAAAUCUUGGCCAGGCGACAGCCAGGAAUACGUUAAAUCUAUCCUCGUCGAUGGUAUCAGUGAUCCCGCUGUCAUGGUCAGGUCUACCACUGGUACGGCUAUCGUGGCAAUCCUCGAAGAAUGCGGCCCUGAGAACUGGCCUUUAGCCCUCUCACGCUUAAUGGCGUCCAUUGACUCAUCCAGUAUCCAAGAGCAGGAGGGUGCUUUCAGCACGCUGGCCAAAGUUUGCGAGGAUAUGUACAAAAAGCUUGACUGCGAAAUAGCUGGUGUGAGACCACUUGACUUUAUGAUUCCGAAAUUCAUCCAGAUGCUCAAUCAUCAGUCGGCUAAAGUUAGGAUACACGCUUUGUCGUGUUUGAACAGUUUCAUACCGACCCAGUCAGCUAGCUUUCUCGCCAGUAUCGAUCACUUCAUUGCUGCCCUCUUCCAAAGAGCGUCUGACGGUGUGCCCGAAGUUAGGCAGCAUGUUUGCUCGGCACUCGUUCGCUUGCUUGCGUCUCGCCCAGACAAACUCACCCCUGAGAUGAACAAUGUCGCCACUUUUAUGCUCUACUCGACUCAGGACAAGAAUGAGGAAGUUGCACUCGAGGCUUGCGAGUUCUGGCUCACUUUUGCUGAAGAAAAUCACCUUAUUGAUCAUCUUAGACCUCUGCUCGACAGAGUCGCACCAGUUUUGCUCAACACUAUGGUGUAUUCUGAUACGGAACUUGUCAUUCUUCAGGCAGACGAAGACGACGACGAUGCCGCUGUUCCUGACAAAGACUCGGACAUUAAACCUCACAUCUACGGGGGCAAAACACACACGCAAUCGUCUGAAAAUGACAAUCAGCAUCAGAAAAUGGGCAGAGAUGCAGAGAUUCCAUCAGAUGAAGAAGAUGAAGAAGACUUUGAUGAACUUGACGAUGAUGAACUCACAUCGGAAUGGACUUUGAGAAAGUGCUCAGCAGCUGCCUUAGAUAUCCUUUCAAUCAACUUUCCAGUAGAACUGCUUAACAUCCUGCUUCCAUAUUUGAAAGAAAGGCUCUUUUCUCAGGAUUGGCUACAGAAGGAGUCAGCUAUUCUUGCACUCGGUGCUAUAGCAGAAGGAUGUAUCGAAGGCAUACAACCACACCUCCCACAACUCGUCCCAUACUUGGUUAACUCACUUAAUGACUCAAAGCCUCUGAUCCGCUCUAUCUCGUGUUGGGCUCUGGCUCGCUAUUCUAGCUGGUCAGUACAACCCAUCUCUGUUGAACACAGAAACAACUAUUUCGUGCCAACGAUGGAGGGAUUGUUGAGAAUGGUCCAUGACAAAAACAAGCGUGUACAGGAAGCUGGUUGCUCCGCUUUCGCUACUCUCGAAGAAGAGGCAGGUAAGGAGUUGGAGCCGUUCCUCAAACCUAUUAUAGAACACCUAGUUUAUGCAUUUCAAAAGUAUCAGAGGAAGAAUUUACUCAUACUUUAUGAUGCGAUUGGUACACUUGCAGAUGCGGUGACAAGCGCACUCGAUAAUGAAGAAUACGUGACGUUGUUGAUGCAACCACUUAUUGAUAAAUGGCAAAAUCUAGCCGAUGAUGAUGAAGACAUUAUUCCUCUCUUCGAGUGCUUAUCUUCAUUAACUGUGGCCGCUGGUUCUAGUUUCAUUAAAUUCGCUCAGCCGGUUUACGAGAGAUGCUCACGGAUAGUGCAUGGAAAUCUCAUGCAAUUUCAAACAGCCGUAGAACAAAAUGACGAAGACAAUAUACCUGAUAGAACAUUUAUUAUAGUCGCAUUGGAUUUAAUUUCAGGUAUGAUUCAAGGAUUGGGUAGUAAUGCUCAGGAGUUGAUAAUAGCCAAUCAAUCCACAUCAUCAACACCAUCAUUACUUAAUCUAUUAUUAUUCUGUUUGAAGCAUCCAGACAGUGCUGUUAAACAAUCAGCAUAUGCUUUAGUUGGAGAUUUGGCGGUUAGUUGCUUCCCAAUACUAAUUCCAGUCCUUGGUACACUACUUCCUGAUCUUAUUCAACAAAUUGAGAUUGCACCAACGACGGAUGCUAUUUCAGUUUGUAAUAAUGCUGCAUGGGCAGCAGGAGAGAUAGCGACAUCGUACACCAACUACCCAGACCUCAACAAGGAUGAUUUUAUCAAGUAUGUUCCAUCGUUGACUGAAAGAUUGGUACCAAUACUAUUACAUCCAAAGUCUGUCAAGUCUUUAGCGGAAAAUGCGGCUGUUACAAUUGGUAGAAUUGGAUUGGUUUGUCCAGAGAUUGUAGCUCCACAUUUGCAAGUAUUUGCAGCGCAAUGGUGUGAGUCAUUGUGGGAGAUAAAAGAUAAUGAAGAGAAAGAUAGAUUAGCGACUAGCUUCCAAUUCUUCUGUAAUGCAGUAGUAAGAUGGACAUCACCAUCGGCCGUGUUGAAUGAGCAAUUUAACGCACUACUCCAUUCAUUCAAGGCUGCUGCAGGUGUUAGUUGGGACGCACAAAUGACAGCUUUGCCUCAACCUAUCUCGACGAGACUGAGGGAGCGUUACGGUUUGUAG